AUGCAUGCAGAUCUGCCGAGGUUCUCUGUGGAUGUUCUUCUUCCGCCUGCCAUAAUGGAUACAGAUACUAUCAUACCUAUUUCUGUCAGAUCUCGAUUUACCUUCAACGCAAAUGUGCAUGGCAAUUGCACGCUGUAUUUCCAUCGGGGAGAUAUGCCUUCCCAUUUCGAAACGUCAAAAGAGAUACAAGGCAUUGCUAACUUCAAAGUACCGAUGUCGCAGGUCAGAGUAUACAGAUGGUGGAGUGAUUUAAAAUUAAGGGUCAUUGUGACGGACAACGGCACAGAGCUUUCUUACGCUGUUGAGAAGGAAAUUAUCAUACAGGAACCACACUCAGACGUUUUUCAACUGAAGCAGAUAGUAAGCCGACGAGGUGUAAAUGGGUUAAAUUACACGACGUCUGUAAAAUUAAUGAAGAAUGGCAAAUCACCAGGUAUUGCUGGGACCCUCUUUUUCAAUGUCACCUAUCAUGAUGAAGCUGUAUUGAAAUGUAUGCAGGCUAAUCCUCAACAUGACUACGAUUAUAUCAAGAAGAGUCAGUCAUUUUUCUCUGCUCAAACACAUUUUGGUGUCAAUGGAGUCGCAGAAGUAUCCUUUCCAGUACAUUCUACAACUGAGAAAAUAGAAUGGUCGGUAGGUUACAAUGCUGAUGCAAAACUGUUCUACCAGCUGUACUUGGAGCAACAAAGCAAGUAUAUGCUGUGGAUGCAGUUCAGCGGCGCCGAACUGGAGGUCGGAAAGGUGAUAGAAAUAUCGGUUGCAACGAUGCAACCAAUAUAUGGUCUUAUAACUAUGGAGGUUUAUAACGGGAAUACCAUGGUGGAUUUUGUCUCAAAAACUGUUAUUCAUCAAUCGAAUCUGACGAUGAACCUAGCGCUGACGAACGACAUGGUCCCGUUAUCCUAUAUUGUUGUAUCUCAUGUGACAAAAGACGGGUAUAUUUUGUCGGAUAGUGCUUACAUUGAUGUCGAUGGCUUGCCGAUGAAAAACAAGAUGGAUUUGCAACAUAACUCGACAUCCGUUGUUAAACCAGGAGAUUAUGUCGGCAUCAACAUCACGACUGACCCUUACUCGACUGUUUAUUUGAUGGUCGGUAACGAAGGCAAUAGACUUCUCGAAACUGAAAAUGAUAUUUUGCCACGCGAGAUUGCUGAAAUAGUGACCUUGUCGGACGGAAGAAGUUUUAAACCAAAUAGGACGGACGAACUUCCGACCGCCUGUGUAGAAUGGACUCCAGUUCAAACGACUACACCUCAAAAUUGGUAUCCUGGCAGUAAGUAA